GUCAACUAUGUCUGUGUCCGUAUCCAUCCAUCACAUCACGUGUGCGUGGCCACUUGCCUGCGUAAGUGACUUCAUGCGCUGCGUGCCCCGCUCGCUGGGCACAUUUUUUCCGCUGGAAUAAUGGGUUUGUUGAUGUAUGUUACAACAUACAAACAAAUGGCAACCCUCCGAGCCCAUCCUCUUGCACUCGCCUGCAGCCUGCUCAGGUGUCUCUUGUAGCCAUCGCCCGCAAUGCCUCGCCCAUGCAGUCCUCGAUUGUCGCGGCAUGCAUCCUUGAUGGCCUGCCUUUUCUCGUUCGCUUCAAGUCACAGCAGAGGGGGAAACGCCGACAGAGACGACACAUCGACAUCGCUCUUCCUGCACGCAGCGCACCGACAACCACAGCACGCACGCAAGAAAUCAUCUGGUGGAUUUUGAGCUUCCUUCCCCCCAUGUGUGCUUACUCCUCUUCUGCCGGCGUGGGCGGGGGAGGCUGCUGCUGUGGAUCCUUCUUCUCUUCGCCUGCAGUGGGCCGCCUUCGCCACUCUUCCCUUGGACCCUUGCCGCCAUGAUGCCGGUGGCCCUGCCGCUCCUUGUCCCUCUCCCGAUGGCGGCCGCCAGACUGAUGAUGCGCAGGGGGUGCGCCAGGCUGGUGGUCGCGCUCACGGUCACGGUCGCGGUCAGGCGGUCUGGAUGGUCGCUCAGCCGGCUGCCUGCCGCCCUGCAGUGGGGCGUCCGCCGGAACAGACAGAGUACUGCUUGUGGGCUCUGGGUGGGAGUCACUGGCGCGUGCUGCUGCUGGUGCUGCUGGUGCUGCAGAGCAAGGUGCGCCUUUGUGCCUGUCCCCACCACCAGCACUUGGCGUGGACGGGGCCUCACUGGGCGUGUGCUCGUGUUGUUGUCUUCGCCUGUGUGGCGACCCGCCCCGCGACGUGACGACAUUGGCAGAUCCAGUACUGUUGAGGCUGACGGAGGAUCGGGAAGCGGGGCUGACGGCGCGGCCAGAGCCGCCCGCGGCUCGCUCGCCUUCCCUCUUCGCCUCCCGGUGGUCAUCUUGGCUUGGCGGCGACGUUGAUUGGCCCGCUGGUUGAGCAGCCGUUGCUGGAGCUGUAGCUGUGACCGCCCCCUCCUUCGGCCGACUGCGCCUUUUGGAAACCACCUCGAUCCACUCUGCACCUGCACCAACGAGAGGAGGGGGGAGAAAGAGACAACACCGAUAAAUGCAACGCACUCAUGGGCAUGUCUGACGGGCUCUCUUUGCGCGUGACCUGGGGAGUCCUCUGCGCUUCUCUCCUGCUCGGCUGGGGGCACGUCCGGCACGUCUGAUGCGUCGCCAAAGUCGUCCCCAAGGAGGCUCACCACCGAUGCAUUGGGUGAGAGCUCCGACUCGGGGAUGACCUCGCCGUGCUUCUCCAUCUCGGACUUGAUGGACUGAUAUGAUAAGGACAGCACACGACAUGCGAAUUCACUUGAUGGACACGCGCUCCCCUCCCACCCAUCGAAGAAGCUGCAUACAUACCUCGAUGUUGGCGUACGCGUCUUCAAGCUCCCUCUCGAGUGCAGCCUGGGACUCCUUCUGCGCCUUCUUGCCUCGCUUGCCGCCACUCACAACCUGCCACUUCUUCUUCUCCUCCAGGUCGUUGACCCGUGCGGUCUCUCUUUUGAGGCACUCCAGCCGCUCAGUCUCGCACGUGGGCAUCGGCAUCGGCGGCAGAUGGCCCACCGACGCCACACUUGACGGCACUUCAUCCGAGUUGAGCUCGUCGUCGUCCUUGGCGCUUUCAUCUUCCUCGCACACACCCUCGGGUCCCUUCCGAGUGCUUGGCGCCGACACUGGUGGAGCUGCUGCAGCUGCCAUUCCCUCAGAGCUCACUUGUGGGGGUGGCUCCUGAGCUCGGGCGGUCGGGGCAGGGCCCUCUGCUGCAGCGGGCGGUUGCCGUUGGGCCUGGCUGUCUGACAUCCUCUCACUCUGGGAAGGGGCUUCUGGUGUCGCCGGCGGCUGCGCUUGUUGGUUGCCCUUUCUCGACGCCUUGGGCUGCCUCUUGGGUGCGUCGGAAGAAGUCAACACUUCGCUGCUGGCCGUGCUUGAUGGCGGUGACGGCUGAGGCGUAGGCUGGUGGUCAGCGGCAGGUGCUGUGGUCGCAGGGCGGCUGGAGACCUUCCCUGCCGCAUCAGCCGCUUUCUUGGGCGGUGGGUUGGCCUUGGCUCUCUGAGCCUUGGGCGAAGAGAAGCCCGUGGCGACGUUCGAGUACGUCAUCCCACUCGCUGCCUGUGGACUGGACGGGGGGCUCGCUUGUUGCUUCUUCGGAGGGGGUGGCGGGGGAAGGGGAGAGGGCGCCAGCGGAAUCGCCGACGGCUGCUCAAGCUCGAACGGCUGGACGGGCAGCUCGGUCGGUGGGCACUUCCGGAUGGGCUCUCCGGGGGGAUUCACAUGAAACGGUGGCACCGAAGCAGACGUCCGUUGAGGCACAGAUGGGCCGGCACCUCGCCCCAGGCCCCUCCUAUCUGCAGGACGGGAGGGUACACCCUCUCCUCUCUGCUGGCUCUCUCUCGGGGAAGGGCCGUCUGCCCUUUCGCUGCUCCUCCCUGCUGUGGACGCUCUCGCAGCGGCUUGAGAGGCCGCUGGAGGGCCGGCGGUCUUCUCUGCCGAUGGGGCUGCUGGUGUGGCGUGCGGCGCGGCUUCUGCGAUGGACUUCUGCGCGGCCCUCAGCCAGCUGCCCUCAGCAGGACUGGGCGCGCUGUCAUUGGACGGGGGAGGGGGCGGGGGAGGAGGGGGCGCCUGCGCCUGCGCCGAGGCUGGUGUAGCAGACGCAGCAGCCUCGUUCGGUGCCUUGUUCCUCCCCCUCCUCCGAUCGUUGUCCUGCGGGGAUGGCUGAGAAGCUGGCUGCUGUGGCGCUGCAUUGUGCGAUCGACUCGUUUGCGCUCGUUGCUCUUUCUCUUGCGCCGCUGGCGAUGGCGCUGAUGGUGGGGCAGGGUUGUCACUGGCUGGCGUCGGCUGUUGCUCUGGUUUCGCUCUUGCCUGGGGCCUGGUCGAUUGCUGUGUCCGGGCUUCUUCUUUUUUGGGGCCUUCCGAAUGGAGGAGGGCAGGGAAAGAUCUGCUGUCGUCCUCUCUGGAGGGCUCAGGGGGCCGCGAGGCAGCUGUCGUCCCGUCGCCUUCGAGCAACGCUUGGCUCUCGCUGGUCUGCGACGCGGCUGAUCUCAUCCUGGGCGCGGGGCGGGAAGGGGCCGCCGGCUCGCUCGGCCGUGUCUGCCCUCCAUCUGCGUCUGGCCUUGGCUGCUUGUCGCCCGAUUUCUUGCCACCCUUCUUCUUCGCAGGUGGCUCCUUUGGCCGAUUUUCCGCCUCUGUGUCGCCGUCAGGUUGUGAGCGUUGCCCUCGACCCCAGCUGGGUGCCGCAGAGUCCGCUGCGACGACCGUAGAGGGCGACAGGGGGGCGGAUGCAACCCGCACCACCUCCAGAGGGGUCUUCCUGUCCCUCUCCGACGCACCCUGCACCAUCUGGUCGUCCUUGGACGCGCUCCUCGGCUGUUGCCUCCUGUCGCGAUCGGCUGCCAGGGACUCUUCCAGGCUGGGAUAAGCAUCCCUCUCCCGCGUGUGCGAUGGCGCCUUGUCGUCUUGCCGCGGCGUGUUGGGCUUGGUGGCCGGCUGGGGCUGGGGAGGGGGAGGGGGAGGGGGCUGGGGUUGGGGGACGGUCGGGGCGAUCUUGUUGAUGCUUGCCGGAUUGACCACUCCUCGCCCAUCCUCGCUGGCCCUGCUCGCCGUGGUGACUGCAACACCACCCGCAGCAGCAGCACUAACAGGAGCACCCGCUUUGGGCCGCGCGCCGCUCAUGGCUUGGUUGAUGUCGACGGUGACGAGGGGCUUCUUCUCGACCUGCACCGUUGGAGGGCGGCUGCUGAAGAAGUCCUCGGGCAGGAAGAGGCUCUUGCUGGAUGUGGACGACAGGCCGGGUGCUGAAGUGGGUGUGCAGCUGCCGUGAGGCGGGACCUUGAUGGACGGCGGGUGGAUCGAGGGGGACAGACCGCCUGACGCAACUGCAACAAGCAAAAGACAUAGCGACGGCGAAGGAGAUGUACGUCUUUAGAUGGUGUGGUUGUUUACCUACCUGCACCGCUGCCGAGGAUGCCAUCGUUGCUGCCAUCGUGUGUGUUCCGCCUGCAGAGAGAGACAACGACGCAUGACGCUCUCGCUGGGUUGGAUGGUGACUUCCCUCCCCUCCCUCCUGACGUACCUCUCGAACUUGCGCACGAUUGAGAUGACAGGCGCUCCCGUCCCGGCGCCCCCGCCACUGUCGCCCUCGCCAGGUUGCCUGUCGCGCCUCUUGCGAUGGUCAGCCACCAUGACCACCCCACCCUCGGAGUGAAUGUCAUCCCGGCGCAUGUUGAUCUCGCGGACCUCAGCAGACAGACCAAACUCGCCACUCAGGCUCAGUAAAUCCACCGCGGGGUCUCUGCCAGCCCUGCUGCCUGGGACACCUGUCUGAGGCCGCUGGCCGGGUGCCGUCCGCCCUCCUCCUAUAGCCGUGCUGCUGGCCUUGGGGACGGUCAUGCGGCCCUGAGGCCUGACGGGGAUGGGCAACUGCCCGCGACCGUGGUCGGACUCAGAUCGCAGUGAUACGCCCACCUCCCCUGGCGUGAAGGAAUUGCGAUUCUUGCCAGAUCGGUGGCUCUGCAGCGAGCCUCCCGGCCCUCCGCUGUAGAAGAUUCCGCCGCUCCCACUGCCCCUGUUGGGGAAGGGCAGAAGGGCCGACAGCAGGGCAUCGGACGAUGACGUCGACACCGGUGGGGGAGGCGGUUGCGGCUGGUGCUGGGCUGGGGGAUGUGCCUGCCCAUGAUGAUGCGGACGGUGGCUGUGGUGGUGCACAGGGGUCACUGAUGGAGGGACCUGGGGCAUCGGUGGCGCGGGAGGGGCCGCCAGCGGUCCAGGGGGGUUUGAGGGCGACCCUCUGCUGGCCGCUGAGGCGCUCUUGGGGAAGCCCAGGGGCGAGGGAGCGCCGUAGCUGCUGGACUGGAAUGCCUGCAGCACAGCCGAGUUGCCCCCCUUGAGUCGGUGGUCGUCGACGAGGAUGGGGACGAUGGAGCCAUCGGCCGACAUGGUGGGGUACGAGUAGGUGGAUGCCCCCGACGUGCUAACGCUCUCGUUCUCGUCGAACUCACACAUGACGUCGCUCUGCUGCUCGCCUCUCGGGAAUGGAAACAGGGCCUCGUGGUGCGGCGGCAGACUGAGCAGACCUGGACCGUCGUUGGGCCUGGACCGGCUCAUGUGGGGCAUCCUGCCGUGGCCAGGGUCGCUCGACGGCACCGAGUGACGGCCGCCCCUCCCUCCCCCGAAGGCGCCAACUCCUGACGGCGCAGCGGUCACCGUCUUGCCUCGCAUCGACGUCCCAGAGGGGAACCUCGCUCCGUGUGAUGGGAGCGUGUCUAUCGACCGCCAGCUCUGCUCGCCCGCCUCCCUCCUCACAUCUGUCUCUGUUGGUGGCGCAGGCACCAGGCCGCGGCCGUCGACGGGCAGGAAUGGCCGGGCUGGCCGGGACAGAAGGGGGGGCUGCAUGCCGAUGCCGUUGGGUAUCAGGAAUGGCUGGCUGUUCCUGGGCUCCGCGUGGGUGUCGAGACAGAGGGUCGACAUGACUUGUGGUGGCGGCGGUACGCCAGUGGCCAUGCUGUCGAUGUAGUGCAGGCUGGACCGGUGGCUGGGCGGCGGGGGAGGGGGGUGCGGCCGAACGAAGGGAGGUCGCGAUGGGGGAGGGUGGGUGAUGCCGGGAGAGAUGCGGAAGGAGUCGCUGUCCAUCGUCAGUGUCCCCCCCGUCGUUGCGAUUUGAGUCAGCGGAGACGACGGGACAGACGACGCAUGCGCCAGCUCCGCACCCAUGUGGUCGACACGCCCACUUGCGAUCGAGUCGGUCGUCUUGGCCUCGCUGCGCCCUGGGCCCAUCCUGCCGCCCUUACCCAGCUGCGCCCUCUCCCGCUUGGCCUUCUGCUUCUUGGUCAGCUCCUCGCCGCUAGGGUCCUUGGCCGGCGGGGGCGGCUCCUUGGGCAGCAGCUCCUUGGGCCGCCACUUCAUGUUGUUGAAGGCCUGGAAGCCGAUCAUGUCCCGCCCAUUGAACGUCUGGGACAUGGACCGCGGGAUCUGAGCGCUGUCGAGCCGCCUGGACGUGACGGCCGGGGGGUCGUCGGACUCCUCCCUCUCCAUCAUACCGCCGCUGGGGGCGAAGGCACGGGCGUUGGGGUUCCUGUCGACCUCCCUGUGUGGUACUGGCUGCUCGAGUGGUCCUCCCCCAUCCUCCCCUGCCAGGCCCCUGCCCUUGGGCCCCUUCUGCAGAGCUGACGCUGACACUUGUGACUGGCUCUGGCUCUUGCCUGCACGUCCCUGCACCGGCGCUGCCUUGCCGCUCCUGCCUGCGCCUUUGUUGUCAACCUCCCCUCUCCACUCAGUCGACAGGUUCCUGGCCGACCGGGGGGAUGCGUCGACAGAGCUCAUCACAUCCGAUGAGGGCGCUGGCUCCGACGGCUGCUCUCUCACGACGGCAGUGACGCUCUUGGCCUUGGGGAUGGCCUUGGGCGUGGCCUCGGAGGCCAGCAGGGGGGGCUCCGACUGGCCAGGCAGCGUGGGGCUGUCCGUGUUGACCGGAAUUGGCAUGGUGGGGGUAGCAGCAUGGGUGGAAGCCGGGGGCCGGGCGUGCCGUGAUGAUGGCUGGUUGGGCGAGGGCGCAUCCAAGUCCUCGGGCUGCUGCCCGUGAUUCGCUGGAGGGGCGGUGCCGUCCUGGAGCGGCGGAAGGUUGAAGUUCUGCAGGACGCCCAGUGCGAUCGGCUCCGCCGGCAUCCGCUCAUCUGCCGAUGGUGGCCCCAUAGUGCCCUGGUGGUUGAGCAGGUGCUGCAGGUGGUGCAGACGAUGAGCGGCGGAUGUGCUGGUGGCCGCGCCGCUGUCAUUGUUGGCCGCUGUUGCUGCUGCCUCCUGGUGGUGCUGCUUGAGGAUGGUGCAGAGCUCCUUCAGGCCAUCGACCUCCUGGUCUUGCGAUGACAGCCACUGUGGCCACGGCAUAGGGGGCGGCAACAACUGCGCCAUGGUCUCGUCACGGUGGCCCGGUAUCAAGCCGUUCCGCCCUGCGAUCGCGCCUCUCGCCCCUGUUGAUUGUCGCGGCACCGGCCCACCAUCGCUCGUCGGCCCCGACGCUGCUGCUGCCGCAGCUGCUGCGGCCAGUCCAUUGCCCCUCGGCCCAUCACCGUCCUGCGUCGGCGGCAGCUGCACAUUGCCAAAAUCAGGAAGGCUCCCCUGCCGCAUUCCCCUGUCGUCAGGGCGUCCCGGGUCCAUGACGGGCGAGGCAGCGGAGGAUGUGCCAGGCGUGCUGGGCAGUCCGCUCAUGCCGCCCCUGGGGGAGGCCCCUCUGUACAGACUGGGGGUGGAUGGCUGCGAGCGGGGCGGCAAUGGGGGCCGCGGGCCGGGCGGGGGAGGAGGGUGCGACGGAUGGAAGACGUUGGGCGUGAACCGCCCGGGACUCCCAGCGAUCGACUCAUCCGUCUGCGUGAGGGUGUCGGACGAGGCACCCCUGAUCGAGUGGGGGAGCGUCAGAGCCGCCGAGCCCGCCUGGGUUGCGUGAGUGCCGUCGACCAACGCCUGCAGCGCUCCAGAGGAGCCGUCGAGGAGGCCCUGGCCGAUGCCUGUCGUCUGAGGAGGGGAGAAGUGCAAUCCGAAUGAGGGGUGGAUGAUGGUGGGGUGGCUGGUGCCCAUGUCGCUGUUGAUGGACCGGUCGCGGACGGCGUGCUGUGGCUGUGGCUGGUCGGAGGAGGGGGUCGGGGCGGGGGUGGGCGUAGCGCUGGGCGGGAUGAGGCCGCUGGUGGUGGGCUGCUGAGACAGCCAAUUCAGCCGGUCGCUGGGAUGCACGGCUGGGGCCUGAGAGGCCAUCUGGUUACGGCACAUAGACAGACAGACAGGCAGACAGAUAUGGACAAGGGAACCAUCAUGGACAUCAACCGUGUGUUCCCUCAAGUAAAGUACCUGAUUGUUGGUGGCAUUGGCAUUGGCAUUGGGUCGCUGUGUUGCCACGCCGCCCUGCAUGCGGUUAUGCAGCUCGAGGAUGCUCUCGAGUGAGGGUGGCGGGGGCGGAAAGUGAGCGUGUGCGUUGAACCAUAUGGCCGGGGAGUAGUUGUGCAGGUCGUUGUCCAGCAUCUUCAACGUGUUCUUGAAAAACUUGCGCAGAGACGCACUGCACUGGCUCUCUGAACCAACGAAUGCCGCAUAUCAGUGGCCAUGAUCCUUUCUCUAGUGUAUGUAUGCCCUCGUGCAGUGAGUGCAUGGCUCACUCACUCAGGAUGGCGUCGAGCACUUCGUAGCCCAUCUUGAAGGCCUCUGCGAUGCGGUAGAAGGACGUCUGCGAGACCGACCGCCCCAGGUUGUUGAGGUUCAUCAGCGGGUCGACGAUGUUGACGCUCUUGAAGGCGAACCCGCCCACAUUGUAGGGCCCGCCGCCCGUGUUGCCGGGCCGCCGACCCGACGACGCCAACAAGCCUGUCGGCAGCACCGCGCCGUGGUACCCAUACGACUGGCUGAAACUGCAGCCAACAACAGACGAGCGAGCAUGGGACAGCGGUUAGGCUCUUCCGUUGCCUGUAACAGACAAACCUGCUCCUGAGCGAUUCGACCCACUGGACGAUCUCCAUGGACACGGGAGGCUGGGCGAUGUUGGUAGCGGCCCUCUCAAGUUGCGGGUCGGGCAGCUGGGAGAGGGCGUUGGCGGCGACCCCGCCGGCCUCCCUCUUGGCCUCGUUCAUCUUGGCCUCUGUGAUGCGCUUGAGCUCGUCCAGGGGCAGGGGGCCGCAGACCGUCACGGCCUGCUUGUCCCAGGGGAAGUUGGCGUAGAACUGCAGAAACUUGAACAGCACCUGCAUCGCAUAGUAUCGCAUGGCGGACAGAGAGAGAGGGGAAAGCGACAGAUACUUCGUGUGACGGAAGGGGGUGUCCUUAAGGGAGGGAGGGUGGUGUGAAUGAAUGGUGUUCGUAUCGCACCUGCAGUGGCGUCCUCAGCUGGGGUUGGAAGAGGUGGAAGACGCACAGUACCAGCGUCUCGAGGGCGUAAGUCGCCAUCAGUCCGCUCCGGGAACCCAGCGUGUGGCUCUCAUACGCACACCAACACUGCAGCAGCAAGCACCACAAUAUGGAUGGAUGGAUGGCAGCGACGAAGGAAGGCAUUAGGUGGGCCAGGGUGUGGUGUGUGGUGUGGUGUGAUACGGGCGUCUGUGGUGUGGCUCCGUUUCGGUGUCACCUUGAUGAGUAUGGUGGCCCGCUUGAAGAGGUGGAAGUGCCCCAGCCGACGGUCAACGUGCUCCAGAAACACAAAAGAACAGCACCCACCUAUCUGCAGGGGGAGGGAAGGGACACCACACACCACACCACACCACAGACAGAGGCAGAUGACACAUAUGUGUGUUGUGAGUGAGGGUGAGAGGGUGAGAGGGUGUGACCUUGUUUGCCGACAGGUCGAUAGCGAUGUUCCUGACGGUAAAUUUGAGCACCCGCACCUCGGCCAUGAUCAUGAUGGCGUUCCGCACCGGGAACUGUGGGUGGUGCUCCAGGCUAGGCUCCUUCAGACGCUUGUACACUCUACACACACACACACACACACACACGAUGGGUGGGGGAUUGCCUCCCUCGGCUGUGGGUGGCUAACUGACAGGUCUAGGUAGAUGUCCGAUCUUGUGUCGUCGUCCAUGACGCCCGUGCCAUCCUUGUAGGUGGCAAAGCCGAUGUCAAUGUCCCCGUCGGGCAGGUAGGUCAUCAGCGGCACACUCCCGUAGCGGAACACCGUCGGCACCACACCACGCCCGCCCAGCGUGUCGAUGAUGAGUUGCCGCACGAAGUAGUACACCUCACGACGGAGCGCCUCAUUCUCGGGGCUCGGACCUGCCAGGCAGCAAGACAACCGAUGGAUGGCAAAGGAAAGCGGUGGAAGGGAAGGAGGUGCAGGAACGAAAUGGUGACUGGCGACUGACCUAUGCUGACGAGGAAGUUGUCUAUCCACCUGCACACCACACACACACACACAGACACACACACAGAAGUGUACAUGAAUCAGCCAGCCAAGAUUUCAUCCUCUGGGUGUUCGUGUGUGUGUUGUGAGGCAGCGAACCUGUCGCAUUCUGCCGGUCCCUGCGCGAUGGAGCCUUCCAUCAGGCGGACAGGCGGCGGCCUCCCUUAGCCACGCAAUCGUCCAAUCUAUGCGGCAAUUCUAUCGGGAGGCGCUGCAACGCCACUCACAGCGAUGAUGAUGCCCUCUACCAGCUCUGCUAAGUCCAGUUGUCCCUCUCUGUGCCAGGCUCGAUCGUUUGAAUUCUGAGAGGGCGACUCAACGAUGCUUCUCUAUGUACUCAGUCCUCCGCUUCUCACACCGCUCUGCCCCUUCUCUUCGCCUGACACCCCUUCCAUCUGCGAGCUUGAGCUCGCGAUGGAGGGAGGAAGUUGCCGGUUCCCUCUCCGUGGCUCACCGCAGGCCGUGGUAUAUGGGAGUCGUCAUCUGCAU